AGGAUAAAACGGCACAGCAUAAAGCUGGCAGUUCCAGGACUUGGCUCAAGGAAGGGAAAUAAAGAAGAUCACGUGACGAUGCAGCCGACCCGGAUCUUAGCCUGCCAUGCAAAUAAGCCACGGGGCGCUAUAUAUAAAUAGAACGAAGAGAGACAAGGCUUUAUACACGUCAUCAGCACAAAAAGCAGAAUAACGUUGUCUACGUACGGAUAUAGAGGGAAACUCAAGAUGACAGCAACUGUAACUCUUGGUUUAGUUUUGCUGAUUAUUUGCUCGGCGCAGGGAAAGGUACUGCCUGCUGGUUGUGCUGCUGUAACCUGCUUUGCUGGCCAGAAAUGUGUCACCUUUCCUUCUCCAAAAUGUGUUACAACUUGUCAGGUUGUUAAGUGCUCUUCGGGUAAUAAAUGCGUAGAGACAUUCCGUGGUGCACACUGCGUUGCAGUUGAGAAGCUUGACUGUUCGACGAUGGACUGCCCUACAGGAGAAACGUGCGUUCAGGACAAAGUCAUGUGUAUAAAGGCGCCAUGUCCACAGCCCGAACCCCGCUGUGUUCCAAUCUGCGAGCUUCCAGCAGUCCCCGGGCUGUGCAAAGCCUAUAUGCCAAGUUACUUCUUCAACAGCAAGACCGGCCAGUGUGAGACGUUUAUCUACGGGGGAUGUGGAGGGAAUGCCAAUAGGUUUAAAACUUUGGAAGACUGUCAGAAUGCAUGUCUCAUGUAAGGAAAGAUUGUCACUGCAGACCGAAUAUAAACUCUGAACUGCGAACAUAUAUUUCACCGAAAAACAAUACUCUUGCUGUCUUAAUGAACACUGAACUGUACAUAUGUGACAUGCUAAAAUAGCGAUAUUGUUAUGCAGAAAUAAAUACUAUCAAAAGUUUUACGCCUAUCUAAUCGAAAAAUUGCGAUGACAUAGUU